AUGUCUCGCUAUCUGUGGCCAAUCGGUCAACAUUGUUUGCUUUUUGGCUCAGUAGCAGCCCAGCAGGGCCUACGUUUUUUUUUCCAUUCGCAAACAGCGCUUUGAGAGGACCAUGGUUGCCAUGGCCAUGGCCACUGUGCCGGUCCUCGCCUUCUCUGCCUUGUCAGUCCUCAGUUUUGCGUCUGACGACCUGGACACGUUGGACAUGUUGGACAAGGUUGUGGCUGGCUAUGAAGAGGGCCUCAACUUGCUGCAAAGAAAAAAUCAGAGACAGACAGUGCGAAUGCAGGAGCAGCAUGAAGCCAGCAGCAAUGAAACAGCCAUGUGGCAAGGUGCAAGAGAGACAGGCAACAUUUGCAUGUGGUCCAACUGCGAGCAGAGCCUCGGUCCCACGGAAUGUUACCAUUUUCGCUGUGUUUGCCAGAUGGAUUUCGUCUACAGCGAACGAGUAAAACAAUGUGUUCAUCGCUACACACCAGAAGGAAGAGAGGUGGUGUUGCCUCAAGACACUGGAGCAACCUGCUAUUUCAAUGACUGCACUGCCAAGUUCACGGUUUGCUCAGACUCGAAGUGCCUUUGCAUUCCCGGCUUUGUUUACCUGGCCGGUCAAGGA